AUGCCGCAUCGCAAGUCAACUUCGGAGCCGACUGGCUCGCUGGGCACCGAGAUGGUGCGAGUGCUGGUCGGCCCACAUAAAAAGAGCUUCGACAUCCACAAGAAGUUGCUCUGUUCGACGAGCAGCUUCUUCCGCGAGAGUCUGGCUGCGAUCCCCGACGGUCUGACCGGCUCGGCCAACAGUAAGACCACGGUGCUGUGGUUCUCUGCAGAAUCACCCGAGAUGUUUGACCUCUUCGUCCUCUGGCUCUACCAUCGCCAGACAUUUGGUUCCGCAGUCGACCGUGCCUUGUCGGCUAUAGUGGCUGCUGAGGCCGACACGGGGGACCACGAGGCCGGAUCUGCUCGUCUUCGUGGCCUCAGGUGGGCACUGGUACAUCUCCAUCUGUUCGCCGCUGCCGUCGACCUGCCCGCCCUACAAGACGCCUCCAUGGACGCCAUCCAGGAUCUGUAUCUCCGCCUGGACUGGGACGUCUCACCACGAUUCGUCCGCUCCCUCUAUGAGCGCCGGCUCGCCGAGGCCUUCAGGCUGCGCAAGUGGGCCGUCGCCAUGGUAGCUUGGACCCUCUCCUCUGGCGGAUCCUCGGGAAGGUGCAACGGCGACGAUGACGACAACAACGAACUCAUGUACCAGGAUGACCGCGACGCCGCCGCCGAGGCCAUCGUGUCACAGUUCCAACACCUCAUGAACAGGUUCCCCGACUUCCACGACGACUACACGGCGCACCUGCGCAAGAUGGCCGGCUCGCGCAGCAGCGUCUGCAUCAAGAACCCGCAGCUCCGCAUCCCGACAAACUGCCUGCGCAACGACGAGCGCAACUUUGGCUUCCGCAUGUGUUCCUUCCACAGCCACCGCGCCUCGGUCGGCCAGGGUCAGUGCCCGCACGCAAAGGGCGACGAGUCCUCGCGACACUCGGUCAUGGUCAUGCCCAUCAGCAGCUCCCCUUGUCCCGUAAAGUCGCACACGCGGUCUUUUUCGCGCGACACCAACUCGGGCGCCAGCGUCUCGUCGGACUGCACCACGCCGCCGCCACACGACGACGACGACGAGAAUGCGACCCUCGGCGUCGCCAUGACCGCCACGCGACACCGAUCGCGGUCGGACUUGGGCUUCAAGCCCGUUAGGUUCUCUUCUGCUCGGCUGCAAAGUACCCUGCCGACGAUACCGCCGACGCCAAACGACCCUGCCACGACGAGCUUCUUUUGA